AUGUAUUCUGUGUGUCUGCUUAGCAGAUUUAUGGAAUCCCCCACCAAGCAACACAUGUUGGCUGCUAAGCGAAUUUUGAGGUAUGUGAAAGGUAGUAUGGAGCAUGGCAUUUGGUACAGAAGGGGAGGAGAAGGAGGAGAGUUGAUUGGCUACAAUGAUAGCGAUUAUGCAGGUGAUGUGGACGAUAGGAAAAGCACAAGUGGUUAUGCUUUCUUUCUUGCAGGAGGGGUGGUUUCAUGGGCAUCCAAGAAACAGCCUGUGGUCACUCUUUCAACCACUGAGGCAGAGUUCGUGGCAGCUUCUUUCAGUGCAGCCCAGUGUGUCUGGUUGAGGAGAAUACUAGAGCAAUUUGGAUGGAAGAGUAGUGUGGAAACAGCAACAAGGAUUUUCUGUGACAAUAGCUCAGCCAUAAAGCUAUCCAAAAAUCCAGUUUUACACGGCAGAAGCAAGCACAUAGACGUUCGUUUCCACUUCUUAAGAGAGCUGGCCAACAAAGGAGUGGUGACAAUGGAGCAUUGCAGGACCUAUGAACAAAUUGCAGAUGUGAUGACUAAGGCCCUGAAACUUGAGACCUUUCAGCUGAUGAGGGCCAAGCUUGGAGUGGUGGAUCGUGCCGAGUUUGAAGCUGGAGAGCGAACUUAA